AUGACUACAAACGUGGCCAAGGUGGCGGGUAUCUCUGCUGGAGCAGCUCUGCUCGGAUUAGGGAUACCAUACUUCACUAGGAUCGCUCCACCACAAAUCACAUCCUUCAUCACUGAUCUUCCUGUUGCUAAAGUCCCUCUGAGUCUUUCAUUCUUGAAGAAUAACACGGGGAGUGAGCCCGUCAGCACCAAGGCGCCCUUCUCCUGCGAUACCUCCCACUCCUACCGCACUGAGCUGGUCUCUCUUGACCCGUUGAUUAUCUACAUACACAACCUCAUUACCCCGACUGAGAUUACCCAGCUCCUCCAAGCUGGCGAGCCCGAAUUUGCUCCAUCAAAAGUCACCAAGGGAGGUCGCCAACAAAACACAAAGGAACGGACGUCGAGCUCUGCUGGACUACCAGAAGACAACCCGACAGUACAAUGCGUCCUCAAGCGAGCUCGCAACUUCUUGGGUAACAUGUUCCGCGAUGGCUGGGAUGAGAUGGGUCAACCUCAGCUGGUUCGAUACACAACCGGACAGCAAUUCACCCUGCACCAUGACUGGUUCGCCAGUCCGCUCUGGGCAGACGAUGGGAGCUGGAAUACAUGGAACAGGCUUGCGAGCUUCUUUGCCAUUCUGGAGGACGACUGCACAGGCGGUGAAACAUACUUUCCUUUUGCAAAGAGCAUCGUCGCACCCGGCCCCAAGGGGGAGCAACCUGGAAUCACCCAAAGGGAAAGCGGGGGUGGGGAGCAACAGAAACCACUGUGGAGGGAGCAUGAAGAUGGGGGACUGGCAUUCCGGCCUGUUGCUGGUAAUUCUUUGUUCUGGAUCAAUCUACAUCCCAACGGCACGGGGGACACGCGCACGAAACACGCCGGUCUACCGUUGGAGAGUGGGCAGAAGACGGCGAUGAAUAUUUGGCCACGGCAGUAUUAUGCCUACGAGUGA